AUGGGUGGAUGUAUCGGAAUCACUAGAAGCAGGAGCGGUCCUAUUGAAGAGUCUUCAGGGACGGUGUCACGACCAAAUUCGGGUGGUUUACGAAAAAAUCAGUCACUGUGCCAUGAGACAAUACGAUGGAAAUCCGACGUGCCAUUAACAGAAGGUCAGUUGAGAAGUAAGCGGGAUGAAUUCUGGGACACGGCACCGGCGUUCGAAGGUCGUAAGGAGAUCUGGGAUGCUUUGCGAGCGGCCGCCGUCGCCGCUGAAGCUGUGGAUUUUCAGCUUGCACAGGCGAUUCUUGAUGGCGCGAGCGUUUCGGUGCCCAACGGAUAUCUCACAGAAUGUUAUGAUGAGUGGGGCACGAGGUAUCAGGUACCAAUAUACUGCCUAUCUGCACCAAUUAACAUGGUAAAAGAAGCUAGUGGCCGAGAUUCACCAGCUGACUGUUCUGAGCCUGUUGAGGGUGGGUCAGAGAUGGCAUUAAGGUUGCGGCUGUCUACCACUUGCAAAGAUUUGAUACUGCCUGUUGGCUCUAGGCACACAAUUGCUCAUUGCAAGGCCAAGUUACAUGCACAAGAGGGUAUUGAAGUAUGGAGACAACGCUGGUUCUAUGGAGGAAAGUCAUUGUUAGCACUGAUCCUCAUCCACCCAGCUAGUUGUACAAAGAUGAAUAUUGGCAAUUGUUUAAAUCCAGACAAUGAAACAAAUUAA